AAUAUAAUAAUAACUAAUAACAUACAGCGCAACCUCGUUAAUCCGGAUGGCACUGCUCCGAAGACAUCCUCCGGAUUAACAAAUUUCCGGAUUAAGGAACAUUUGUUGUUUUUUAUGUAGAACUAUGUGCCCCCAACAAUAUCGCCCGGAAAUAGGGAGUCCGCAUAAACGGGGUCCGGAUUAAUUAUGUUUUACUUUACACAACACAUACAAACGUCCUGCAAACAUUCCUGCGGGCACGAUAGCCACACACGCGGUGUACCUCAUUAAGAUUGUGUUUCUUUGUUUGUUUAUAUGACAACGGUCUGUAAAUAAUCGGGUCUGCAACAGACAAUCAAGUGAUUGACAUCAUGAGGCUCGAUCAACGCAAUUAGGAUACGAUGACAUACAUCAACCAAGUCAGCGAGUCUGACCACCCGAUCCCGUCAGUCGCCUCUUACGACAAGCAUAGUCGCCUUUUACAAGGCGAUGUUUUUCUUAUAGAGCAAUAUGUGACAUGCUGACAUAUGUCUAUCGCCACGGCUUUACUUUUAGCUCACCUAACAAUAGUUUAUUAAGUGAAGACUGUAGGCUUUCACACGUGAAGAUUUAAUUUCGGUUUGUGUGUGGCUUUCUUUGUAGUGGUCGUAAAUGUGGCUUGUCAGCAUUGUGUGUGACCUUACCCCCUCGACGCCGGCGGAACAAAUAGCCGGCAAAUUGAGCCCGGGGUGGAUUAUGAUUUGUCUGGUUUAGUAUUGUAAGAUUCGGGAUAUGUACGGCUCGUGGCGCGCUGGCCGGGAACUGGAGAGCCUUGUCUGGUCUAUUUGGUAUUGGUAAAUAUGUGUGUGCAAUGAAUAAUUCAAUAAACAAAACAGAGUGAGUGAGAAGGUGUGUGAACACGUGAGUGAGUGAAUGAAUAAAGGUAGCAAGUGAGCGUGGAUGAAUGAAUGAAUGGAUGAAUACAAUUCCAUGUGUGGAUAAAUAUUGAGUGAAUGAAUGAAAGUAUGCACUUAAAUGAAUAUAUGUCUGGAUACGAGAAAGUGAUUGCGUGAAUGAAUAUACACAUAACAUGGAUUGAGUGGAUGUAUGAGUCAUAAAAAUAUAAUAAUACAAGUAUUCAAAUAAAAGUAUGUCGUGCAUAGAUCAAUAAACAAUUAAACGCGUUCGUGAUUGAAUAAAAGGAACAAAUAAACAGUGCGACUAAACACUGAAUCAAUCACGCCGCAUUGUCACCCCUUACAUUGACAAUUAUAUUUUUCAUCAACUUUUCAUUUUGACUUCACAUAUUCACGGUAACAAAUAUGCACAACAAUAUUAUAUCACAUAGCGUUCAGAUAUAGACGAAUGUCGUGCCUUCGAGUUGUGUAAAUAAGAUACCAAUACUGAAUAGGCCCACCACUCAAAGUGUUGUUGUUGCAAAUUGAUAACGCCUGUUUAAACAGGUAUUGCCAAGGGUAAAUAGAUCGUAGGUACAGGCAGCGGGGAUUUAACAUUGUGUAAACAGCUCCCGAAACUUGAUCGGCGACUGCCGUUCGAUUUCAGCUGAUUUCGCUGACAACUGGAUGUACGAACUGACUGCUACCCGACCCUCUCCGGUGAAGGCACCCCACUCACUGUCGCUUAUCUGGGGGUAAUCUUUCCGUCAGCGGAUCUACCGUCAACGCACAUAUCGGCGGGCUCGGGAGAUUAGCUUCGUUGCUAGGCCGCGGAAGUCUCCGCACGAGUAGAGCGGAGAAUAACGAAGCACGUCGGACGGUGUCAAUGGCUUGUUUUAGUCAACUGAAAUUUCAGGAUGGUGUGUGAUACACUGACGGAAGAGGGAAGGACAUGUUUGUAAUGGAACCUCGGUGUGCUUGAGUUGAGUGGGGGACAGAUUCAAGAUGUCGCUGUACGGAGGAGAGUCGGCGGGGGAGGGGCGACCCUACACUCUGGGGACGUUUCAGAACAAACUCAAUAAGUUUGAGGAUUUAAUCAAGGAUAUGACAUAUCAGGGCGCCGAGGCUACCCCAGAGGAACGACGACAGAUGAUUACAGAGAAUCUGAGGUAUGAUCAGUUCUGCGAGAAGAUCAGAGAAUUAUUCGGGUCUGAUAUCAAGAACCAAGAUUUGAAAGCUGUCUACAGGAAGAUCUCCACAAACCCUGAUGCCAAGGUUGACUGGAGCGAGCUGUUCGGGUACUUCCAGUCUGCGGCGGAGGAGGAGGAGAUGACGGUCGGGGAGGAGGUCAGCGUCUUCAUGGUGUCGAAGAGGAGGCGGAUAGGAGAGGCUGCAGGUGACCGGAAGAGGCGCGACACUGUCCAAUGUCUGAAAUAUGUCCCGGCCAUUGAUGCUUACGUCACGGCGUCACAGAAAGGCGCCCUCUCUAUCUGGACAAACAAGCUUCGGCUCCAGGCCUGCAUUGACAUCAAUGAGCCGGCGUGGGCCACAGGCUGUGACUACCUCCCCGUGCUCCGGAGGGUGGCGUGUUGCACAGAGAGGAGCAUUGCCUUGUGGGACAACAGGGCCAAGGGCAAGAAUCAGCAAAUCUUUACAAUCAAACCUAUUGAGCACUCUCCUCAGUGUAUGACAAAUAUCCCCACAUCUACCACCCCCCACGAGGACAAAAUUCUGUUCGGCGACGACCAGGGCUACGUCAACCUUCUAACCAUCUCAGCUAAAGACAUGACGAUGAAAAACUCAAAGGGGGAGAAGAAUAACGCGCAGAACAACCUCGUCAUUGACCCCAACAAGAUGACGUACCCCAUUCAGAGAAGAAAACUCCAUGACGAUUGGGUGCUAAAGGUGAAGUAUUUCCCCGACCUCCGGUGCUUCGCGUCCUGUUCCCCCUGCAGCACCAACUCCUUCUUCCUGGAGGAACUAGACCGACUCAACAACCACGACACGGAAGAAGUCCGCGGAGUGUCUAUCCCCAAGGGUGUCAACUGUUUCAACUACUGUACCAGGGCCAACAUCAUCGCCACCGGGGGAGUGGACAAGGUUGUCAGGGUGUGGCACCCACACAUAUUCUCACGGCCUACAGGUAAACUUCUAGGCCACCUGUUCACCAUUAUAGAGAUAGCCUGCAAUGAGAGAGACCAACAUAUUAUCAGCCUCUCCACCGCCAGGGUAUUCCGGGUGUGGGAUAUACACACACUCACCUGCCUGCAGGUGUUCACAGACAACGAGGAGAGGCCAGGUGAGAAGAGGAUAUACUCCAUGUUGUUUGACAAUAAACACGAGAGGCUAAUGACAGGGUCCAGUGUUCUCGAUGCCUGGCCUCUGACCCGGUCAGUUCAGGACACCAUGCAGGUGCCACACACACACGACCGACCACUCAGUCAGAUAUUAUACAACUCCGAGUUGCACCAAGCUGUGUCCGUGUGCACUGAGUCUAUUAUUAAGGUGUGGGAGAUGGAGACAGGCAAGCUUGUCUACUCUAUCCCAGAGGCUCACGGCCCCGGGGUUGAGAUAACGGCACUUACGCUGGACCAGUCAGGGUACAGGCUAGUCAGUGGAGGAUAUGAUGGUUCAAUCAAGAUCUGGGACUUUGGUGCCGGCCAGGAGAUCAAGUCCAAGUCAGGACGAGGCACUGAGGAAGACUUCAGCAUCACUGGGUUGAUAUACAAGAAGUACAGGGAUGACUACAUCAUUGUUGCUGCCGGCUGGAACAACAAGAUCAGGCUGCUGCUGGAUGCUGGGGACAACAACGACCUGUCUGUGACCCGAGAGUUCAGUGACAUCUACUACAUGACCCGGGAGGUCAGCAUCUGCUCGACCUCCUCCCCCGACCCGUUCCGGUCUCCUCCACUGCCUGCUAUAGGAGAAGGGUCUGGCAUCACCAACGUCUUCAAGAAGGAUUAUGUGUUGAUGGCGAAUGAAGUGACCUGCAUGGCAUUAGUGGCUGAUGGAAAUAACUCAAGUGCCACGUUUAUCGCCACGGGGAUGAGCAAUGGGAACGUCAUCCUCUGGGAUGUCGAGAAGGCUGUGGUGGCCAAAAUGUUUGAGUUACCUCCCCCUGAAGCAAUGAGCGCACAGAGUCGUCGUCGAUUAAAACAGAGCGGAGAACGCCGGGUAAAUGACAUCAAGGUUCUCGUCCACAAAGUCCGCAAGUUGGACCCUGAUUACAUCAAAGGCCUGACGGUGGGGCAUCAGGUGGAUGCUGACGAGGAUACGAGUAUUUCAGGCGGCAGUCAGCAGCCCUCACGAGCAUCAAUCUACUCCGACUCCAAACACAUCAAUAUUAUUGAAGACAAGAGUGAUCCGGUGGAUGGAUCCAGGUCAGAUAGACAGAAGGACAAUAAAGAAAUAGAGGACGAAGGACAGGAGAAACAGGACGAACAACCUGAAUUUCCCAAGGAGAAGAAUGAGGAGAAGGUGAGGGAGAAGAAGAAGAAGCGAGUCCGGCAUGCGGAUGAGGAGAAGAAGAAAUCAAUGAUAGACCCCGACGCCACCCUGAUAGUGGAGACGUUUGACCCUGUCAUUGUCACUGUACAUCAAGACUCACACAUACGAUUUUGGAAUAUGGAGGGAGAGAUUAUGCGAGAGAUCACGCCGAUGACACGGCGUCAAGGGACUCCUGUCACGGCAAUCUGCUGUGAUGAGGAUGUUGACUGCAUCAUCACAGGAGAUCAGAAGGGAUACAUCACAAUGUGGGAUGUGAAAGGAUUCCUGGAAGAUGUCGAGUCUGAGGAACCGGAAAAACUGAAGCAGAUUGUGAGCUGGCGAGCUCACCUGACAAAGAUUGUCUCCCUUGUCUAUGUGGACUCCCUGAAGUCUAUCCUGUCUGGGUCAUCUGAUGGGUCUGUCAGGGUAUGGUGGGGAAACAAGGGCAAGUUUGUAGGGUUCUUCAGCCAGCAUCGGCCGUUCAACUUCCCCGCUACGGAAGAGACAGCUGGGUCCCCAACACUACCUUAUGAUAUUACAGAGCAACCUCUAGCUCCGGUAACUCGGAGGAAAAGUGCUACCCAGAAAAUCAGAACUGUUCAAAAGUUUGAGUAUCCUCUCAUCUUUAAUCAACAGAAAUGGCGCCCAUUUCGCAGAUCAGCGUAUUUGAGGCCAAAAUCAAGGCCAGCACAACCAGAAGACAAGAAAUUCUUUAAGGCUCUCAUAAAACCAAGGGCCUACAAUCAUCAUCUCGAGAGCUCUACAACAGGAGAGAAGAUGCAAGGAGCUGUAUUCAGGGCUCUACCAGUGUAUCGGGUGAGAACGCCAGAAAGGCCUCGGACCCCAGUGAUCAGCGACUCCGUCAUGUCCAAAGAUGAGAAACACUUCCAUGGUCGGCCAUCAAUGUAUGGAACCGGUUUGACAAUGAAGUCCCGACGCCAGCCAUUCAAAUAUAUUCCGCGUAUGAAAGUUGUGUAUCUUGCUCUGCAGGGAGCCAAGUCAUUGGGUCGUGUGGCUGACAAAUCUGUGGGACGAGUGAGACUAGCAAUGCCAGGUGUCCCCCCUCAAACUUCACAAUAGACGAGGGCUGAAUGGCAGGCCUCCUGGGAUUGGUCCAUCUCCAAACCAAUCAGGCUUCAGUAACUCUGUAUCUCCAUCACCACGGAGAAGAUGACAAGUAUUGGACAGCCAUUUGGUGGCAGCCUGUACAAAACACUGUCUGUAUGCUGUAGCAGUGUAGCCAUUCUGUAGCAGCCCAUCUCAACAGCAUCAACAUGCAACAAUGGUGUCACUUUUACAGCCACGAUAUGGAAAUACAAUACCAUGAGAGACUGGUUUGAAUCGCAAUACAGUCUGACGUUUAAAGGGAAAAGAUCAAUUAAAAUUUCCAAUUAUUUUGUCAGUCUGACCAUAGGAAUCUGAAGUUUUGAUUAAAAUAAUUAUAAUUUUAUGCCCUUUUUAACGACCAGUAUCAUCCUAUUGGGAAUGAAAUGAGAUGACAAAGAAGUAGUCACCCAGGGCAUAAAAUUUCAUUAUUUUAAUUAGUUCAACUUUUGAUUCAUAUGACCUGACAGACCACAAUUGAUCCUGAAUAAAUGGACAUCUGUACAUGCAAGUUUUGUAAGAGUCAUGUUUGAUUAAUAACUUAUCUCAACUUUAAUAAAUCUUAUGCAUGAAGAAGGAUAUAUGUAUCAUAUUUUGUAUCAUGAUACGAUACCGUAUUGCAGCCUGUAAGUCAUGAUACAUUUUGAGUUUGUAAAGAAAACUGUUUUUUUUCUUGAAGUUAACUUUCUUAGGGAGAUGGAGUGGUCGGGUAUCCUAGUGGUUAAAGCGUUCGCCCGUCACACUGAGGACCUGGUUUCAAUUCCCUACAUGGGUACAAUGUGUGAAGCCCAUUUCUGGUGUCACUCGCCGUGAUAUUGCUGGAAUAUUGCAAAAAGCAGCGUAAAACCAAACUCACUCACUCUUUAGGAGAUUGAAUUCAUGGUACAGAAACUUCAAUGACCUGGUAUUCUCCUUGUUAAGCUGAGCUUUCUUUUACAUGAUAGGAGCGUGCAUGGUCCAGUCAUCUAAGGCACUGCAGUUUUCUCUGUUGGGUUGUGUCCACCUGCGUCGCACCUAUCUCUAACGUAGAAGUUCUGCCGCUAAUGAGAGUAAUGUGAUUGGAUGGCUUGGUUUUCUGUCGUGUCAUUUGAAUUGGGUUUUACACAAGGCAAUUGUAGCGAAAGAGUCCAGAGUAUUUAUCAUUAUAGAAUGGAGACAAGACAGCUUGGAUGAUUGAGGAUGUGGCUGUUGUCUUCUCUGUAAAGCAAGCUUCUUCGUCAUCCCAACAAAACCAGCAUUUAAAAUAUUCACUCUAAAUUACAUGGGUUGUAUUUUGAAUAAAAUGGGUGGUAGGUCUAAACAAGAAUGUAAAUUGGUGUUGUACAGGGAUAUUAUAUGAGGCUUGUUCAAAUUUAUUGUAUGUCAUGACCUGCCCAUCCAUGAUAUUUUUUAUAUUUUUAAAGACUGUUAAAGAAACAAAUGUUUCAACUUAAAUUUCGUUUUUGCUUGAGAUUCCAACUUUUUGUACCAGGAGCUGCAGGGGGUAUGGCUCAAAACCACGUGGUACAUUAAAAUCAAUUUUACUUUGAUAGCUUGUAAUACACUGGAGAAAUGAGAAAAACAAAAUGAAUCCUCCGUCAAUUUUGAAAAAGGUCAUGAGACACAAGAAUGGAAUUUUAAUAAAAAUCUACCUGACAAAUCUAUGAUGAUUUGGUUAGUGUACUUAAUAGCCUUGCCUUGUUCCAUGUUGUGAACUACUGUGCAAUAUUUAAGUUUCAUCAAAAUCAGUAAUUCCCUGUUAAUGAAAGAGUGCAACUCUUUGCUUUUCAUGUCUAGAUUCCCCAUGAAGGCCUCUGUAAAUCACACUCAUUCUUUCUCAGGAAACUGAUUUUGUUAAUGUGUCUUAUGUUUUUAGAUAUUAGCAGUUUCCCAGGUCUAGGAUAAUCAUGUUGAAUAUGCAGAACAACAAUUUUAGGAAACUUUUUAUUGUCCUUGGAAUUGUCUUUAAGUCUUUGCGUUAUGUUGUUACAGUGUUACUCACACACAAUCUUUCAACAGUGUCUGGAGUUAAUCUUUUGCUGGAAAACAAUGUUGGUACUUUGCUGUGUUAACACUAACUGGAUAUUCUGCUGCUUGCACACAAUACUGGAUUCACUGCUGCUUUAACACAAUACUGGAUUCACUACUGCUUUAACACAAUACUGGAUUCACUACUGCUUUAACACAAUACUGGAUACACUACUGCUUUAACACAAAACUGGAUACACUACUGCUUUAACACAAAACUGGAUACACUGCCGCUUGCACACAAUACUGGAUUCACUGCUGCUUUAACACAAUACUGGAUACACUACUCCUUUAACACAAUACUGGAUACACUACUGCUUUAACACAAAACUGGAUACACUGCCGCUUGCACACAAUACUGGAUUCACUGCUGCUUUAACACAAUACUGGAUACACUACUGCUUUAACACAAUACUGGAUACACUGCUGCUUUAACACAAUACUGGAUACACUGCUGCUUUAACACAAUACUGGAUACACUACUGCUAUAACACAAUACUGGAUUCACUACUGCUUUAACACAAUACUGGAUACACUACUGCUUUAACACAAUACUGGAUACACUACUGCUUUAACACAAUACUGGAUACACUACUGUUUUAACACAAUAUUGGAUACACUGCUGCUUUAGCACAAUACUGGAUACACUACUGCUUUAACACAAUACUGGAUACACUGCUACUUUAACACAGUACUGGAUACACUGCUGCUUUAACACAAUACUGGAUUCACUGCUGCUUUAACAAUACUGGAUACACUGCUGCUCUUACACAAUACUGGAUACACUGCUGCUUUAACACAAUACUGGAUACACUGCUGCUUUAACACAAUACUGGAUACACUGCUGCUUUAACACAAUACUGGAUACACUGCUGCUUUAACACAAUACUGGAU